CAGAGGGGCAAAAUUGACCGGAGGUGUUUACUUUGUCACCAACCCCUUUCGUCCCCAGAAAAGCUCGUAACCCAAACGCAGAGAAGGAUCCAAUGGCGACGUCCAAGCUGCAAGCUCUGUGGAAUCAUCCUGCAGGACCUAAAACAAUUCAUUUUUGGGCACCAACCUUUAAAUGGGGCAUUAGCAUAGCCAAUAUUGCUGAUGCUUCGAAGCCGCCAGAGAAAAUAUCAUACCCUCAGCAGAUUGCUGUAACAGCAACUGGACUUAUAUGGUCAAGAUACAGCACUGUCAUUACUCCUAAGAACUGGAAUCUCUUUAGUGUAAAUAUUGUAAUGGCAUGUACUGGCAUUUACCAGCUCACCCGAAAGAUUCAGCACGAAUACUCCAGUGACGAGAAGCAAGCUGUUACGGCCAAAGAAUGACGACGAAAAUUCCCUCUUAUUUUGCUUAGCUUUUGGCUUGAGUGGGCUAAUUGUGUGCCCUUUUCAUUUCUGGGGCAGUUCUUAUUGAACCAUCACCUCCCUUUCCAUAUGCAUACUUGUGGAUCUGAUAUUGGAUCAACACAAAACUAUCUUGAUUAUUGCUGGUAAUAAAAUCUUUGGAUAUUUUUGGCUUCUCAA